CUUCGUUUACCUCUGGGAAGAAGAAAAAAAUUCUCUGCUUUCGCGGGAUUCAUCACCAAUCCUCCACCUCCAUUCCAACAAACCCAUUUUAGCAGGUCACCGUAAAUACCGCCAAAAUGGUCAACUUCACGAUUGAGGAGAUCCGGGCCUUGAUGGACAAGCCCACGAACGUGCGCAACAUGUCCGUCAUUGCGCACGUCGAUCACGGCAAGUCCACCCUGACCGACUCCCUGCUGGCCAAGGCCGGUAUCAUUUCCUCCGGCAAGGCAGGAGAGGCUCGGGCGACAGAUACCCGAGCGGACGAACAAGAACGUGGUAUCACCAUCAAGUCCACCGCCAUUUCCCUCUACGGCUCCCUGCCCGACGAGGAGGAUCUCAAGGACAUCGUUGGCCAGGAGUCUAACGGCAAGGAUUUCCUGAUCAACCUGAUCGAUUCCCCCGGCCACGUCGACUUCUCCUCUGAGGUCACUGCUGCUCUGCGUGUCACCGACGGUGCCCUCGUCGUCGUCGACACCGUCGAAGGCGUGUGCGUCCAGACUGAGACCGUGCUCCGGCAAGCUCUGGCCGAGCGCAUCAAGCCUGUUGUCAUCAUCAACAAGGUCGACCGUGCCCUCCUCGAGCUCCAGGUCUCCAAGGAGGACCUCUACCAGUCCUUCUCCCGUACCAUUGAGUCGGUCAACGUCAUCAUCUCGACCUACCUCGACAAGGCCCUCGGUGAUGUCCAGGUUUACCCUGACAAGGGCACCGUUGCUUUCGGCUCCGGUCUCCACGGCUGGGCCUUCACCGUCCGCCAGUUUGCCACCCGGUACGCCAAGAAGUUCGGUGUUGACCGGAACAAGAUGAUGGAGCGCCUCUGGGGCGACAACUACUUCAACCCCGCCACCAAGAAGUGGUCCAAGAGCGGCACCCACGAUGGCAAGCAGCUCGAGCGUGCCUUCUGCCAGUUCAUCCUGGACCCCAUCUUCAAGAUCUUCGCUGCCGUCAUGAACUUCAAGAAGGACGAGGUCAACACCCUGCUUGAGAAGCUCAACCUCAAACUUCCCAGCGAGGACCGCGACAAGGAGGGCAAGCAGCUCCUCAAGGCCGUCAUGCGCACCUUCCUGCCCGCCGCCGACUGCCUGCUGGAGAUGAUGAUUCUCCACCUCCCCUCGCCCGUCACGGCUCAGAAGUACCGUGCCGAGACUCUCUACGAGGGUCCCCCGGAUGACGAGGCUGCCAUUAGCAUCCGCGACUGCAACCCCAAGGGUCCGCUGAUGCUCUACGUCUCCAAGAUGGUGCCGACCUCUGACAAGGGCCGCUUCUACGCCUUCGGCCGUGUCUUCUCCGGUACCGUCCGCUCCGGCCUCAAGGUCCGCAUCCAGGGCCCCAACUACACUCCGGGCAAGAAGGAGGACCUGUUCGUCAAGGCCAUCCAGCGCACCGUGCUCAUGAUGGGGGCCAAGGUCGAGCCCAUCGACGACUUGCCCGCCGGCAACAUCGUCGGCCUGGUCGGUAUCGACCAGUUCCUGCUCAAGUCGGGUACACUGACCACGAGCGAGACCGCCCACAACCUGAAGGUCAUGAAGUUCUCCGUCUCGCCCGUCGUGCAGCGGUCCGUCCAGGUCAAGAACGCCCAGGACCUGCCGAAGCUCGUCGAAGGUCUCAAGCGUCUGUCCAAGUCUGACCCUUGCGUUCUGACGACGUCCAACGAGUCCGGUGAGCACGUCGUUGCCGGCGCCGGUGAGCUCCACCUCGAGAUCUGCUUGAAGGAUCUCGAGGAGGACCACGCCGGUGUUCCUCUGAUCAUCUCGGACCCCGUCGUCCAGUACCGUGAGACCGUCACCGAAAAGUCCAGCAUGACUGCGCUCUCCAAGUCGCCCAACAAGCACAACCGUCUCUACGUGGCUGCCGAGCCGAUGGAAGAGGACCUCGCCAAGGCGAUUGAGGCUGGCAAGAUCAGCCCCCGUGAUGAUUUCAAGGCCCGCGCUCGCGUUCUCGCCGACGACUUCGGCUGGGAUGUUACCGAUGCCCGCAAGAUCUGGGCUUUCGGUCCCGACACCACUGGCGCCAACCUGCUCGUCGACCAGACCAAGGCCGUCCAGUACCUCCAGGAAAUCAAGGACUCGGUCGUGUCCGGCUUCCAGUGGGCCACCCGCGAGGGCCCCAUCGGUGAGGAGCCCAUGCGCUCGAUCCGCUUCAACAUCCUCGAUGUCACCCUGCACGCCGAUGCGAUCCACCGUGGCGGUGGCCAGAUCAUUCCCACUGCUCGUCGCGUGCUCUACGCCGCGACCCUCCUGGCCACGCCCGCACUCCUCGAGCCCGUCUUCCUGGUCGAAAUCCAGGUGCCCGAACAAGCCAUGGGUGGUGUCUACGGUGUCCUCACCCGCCGGAGAGGCCACGUCUUCAACGAGGAGCAGCGCCCUGGUACUCCUCUGUUCACCAUCAAGGCUUACCUGCCCGUCAUGGAGUCUUUCGGCUUCAACGGCGACCUGCGCCAGGCCACCUCCGGCCAGGCCUUCCCCCAACUCGUCUUCGACCACUGGCAGGUCCUUCCUGGUGGCUCUCCUCUGGAUCCUACUUCCAAGACUGGCCAGGUUGUUCAGGAGAUGCGCAAGCGCAAGGGUCUCAAGCUCGAGGUGCCGGGUUACGAGAACUACUACGACAAGCUUUAAGCAGCACCUGCCAAUCAGCGUGUAACUCACCGCUUCGUGUCCCCGGCGUCAUAAGAGCCGAGCCACCGAGGUUAUAUCCCGGCGGCUCACGGACCGCGGGAACAAGGAAGCACGGGGAAACAGGAGGACGGACGGUGGCGGUGAAAAGGGAAACCCAUAGAGUCGUUGGUACC